CGGAAAAGAUAAUACAUUUCAUGGUAUCCGCUGAGCAAUUACCAACCUUUUUUUCUCUUUUUGGGUCGUCAUCUUUAUUUAUUUUUAGCAGUUUAUUUCAUUUUUUUGUCAUGUAUUUUGCAUCAUUAGUGCCAUUCUUCAGCGUUCCCCUAUCAAAUGUCCCUGGUAAAAUUGCGCGGUAAGGAGAAAAUGUACUUGGGAGCGCGGGAAAUAAUUCAGUUGCGCAUAACCAUUCUUGCAUAAGCAUCCAAAUGAACUUGUAGGCCUACUUCAGUUAUCUUUCAAUAUUGCUUGAAAGUACCCAUCUCUUCAACCCUUUUUGGAAAUGAAGACAGAUGGCGAUAAACCUGGGAAAUUGUGAUGGGAAUUUAAUUAUGUUUGGUUUCUUUUAGAUUCGACUCGUUUUUCCCAAGGAAAUAAGUGCUUUACCACAGAAGAUCCACAGGGACAGUCACUUUUGUGGUGUUCAGUGUUAAAGGUACAAGACAAAUGUGUGCUCCGAAGAGUAGCAGUAGCUUAUGAGAGGUCCAUUCCUCUCUGUUGAAACUCUAUCAAUCACCUUCAGGCGCGGCUGCCUUUGAGCGUCACGUGGCUGCCACACGGAUGCCCAGAACCGGUGUUGCAGGAGCCGUAGGCGCCGGAGAAGCAACAUGGGACGAUUCAAAUACUUAUAGAGGGUGUUGAUGGAGAGGACUUCGAAUGUCAGCCGGGACAGUGGUUAUCUGUGGUGGAAUUCUAGCUACAGUCAUCUUACUGACUAUCGUUGCAGUACUGUGCUACUGUAGGUUGCAGUAUUAUUGCUGUAAGAGGGAGGAGCCAGAGAGGGAGGAGGAGGAGCAACCGGACAUCACCACCAUGUCCUCUCUCCCCACACCAGUACACACAGCUGGGGACCUCGACGUGAUGACCACGCCCCCCUCCGAGCCUAACGGGCCCGCCUUUGUCUACACUCCGCCCCUGGUCCGCAAACCAGUGACACGCUCCCAUACAUUCUGCCCCUCCUGCACGCCUUACUCCCUGCCCUUCUACCUGCAGCACCCCUCUGAGAGGCUGCGUAACGGCGGUGGGCGCAUCAGCUACAGGACUGUGCAGCAGCAGGAGCUGGACCUGCCCAUGGACCUGGCCAGCUUCAACCACAAGCUCAACCUCAUCCGCUCUGUCACCAUGAGGGAGGUGGUCACCCACAGCCACAGUGUCAGCACUGACGUGUAGCCCCCUGGUGGCUGGGAGGACCAAUGUCAGGGAUCUGACCUGGCUGGAGGGAAUUUGAUUGAACUCUUACUUAGUGUAGAUAUUUUCCACCUCAACAAAUCGAUGGGUACGUUCACUCACUCACACGAUGUAAAGAGUUUUUUUUUGGUCUCACUUGUAGAUAUAUGGACACCUAGUCCUGAAUUCACCUUUUUUUCUCACGUCAUGCUUUCACUUCAAAGGUUAAUUUGUCAGUAUGUUGAUGGCAAUGUGUCAAUCUGCUCGUCUUUCUUUAGAGGAUUAUGAUUCAGACAGCAAGAACACAGCAAGGACAUGGUGUGUGUGUGUGUAGGUGUGUGUGUAGGUGUGUGUGUGUGUGUGUGUAGGUGUGUGUGUAGGUGUGUGUGUGUAGGUGUGUGUGUUUGUGUGUGGGGAAGCACAUGAACGGUAUUUUAAAAAGGGCUUAAUAUCAUAGGCAGCAUAGAGGAUCUGUGAUUGUGAGGGAGACAUUUUUUCUCAAGAAAAGCUUAAGCUGGCAGAACAGGGCCGCUGGAAAACGUGUGGCGAGCUGGCAUUUGCACCAGCAUUUUUUUAUCAGAUGUGGCAGGGUUCCACAACUUCUGAUUUAGUUUACAAAAAAAUAUUGACGAGAAAGGCGUAAAAAACUAGGGGAAAUGUGCCGUUUUUUUAGACCGAUUUGCCUCAUGAUUUGUCAACUCGCUCACAAUUUCUCUGUUCUUCACAUCGCUGUUCUGCUGCAGUGUCUUGACAAAAGAGAUGAACGGAAAUCACAGGUCUGGCCUGGCACACCCUCACCUGAAUUGCCAACAACCGGAUGCACCCAGUUUUCAGGGACACAGCUAACUCAACCUAGCUUCCUUUUCCAUUGUUAACCGGAGCUCUGCUCAGGCAUUUAUUUUACACCUGCUCCAUUAGGUUUAGGUUAGGCCAGGCACAAAGCUCAAGGCACGCUUCACUUUCCUCAGUAUUUAUUUAGCAAAUGUGAUAACAUAUCAUUCCCGACAGACACGAGCAAAAAGUCUUUACAUAAAUGUUGUAGCAGCCUACACCUGAACAUUAGCAAUCUGACAUGCUGUAUUGCAUGGAAACGAGACGAUUCUUCAGUCUGAUCAACUGUAGGCUACUAACAACAGCAGCUGCAAACAGUCUACUACACCCUGUCCCUCUAGCCUAGCUCAACCCGCCGGCAAAUUGCGCUAUUAUUAAUUUGACUUAAUUUGUUCUCCAUUCAGGCUGCAAGGGCGUUGAUUGCCUCCUCAACAAGCUUUAAAUGUGAGCCGCCUGAAAAAAUACCCAUGAAAAAUAUGCGUACUGCCUUAAUAAAAGGGAAACACUCUUUUUCACGUCACUUCAAUAACAAAUUGACGUUUUCGUAGUAGGUUAGGAGAACAUACACAGCAGGUUAGGAGAAUUACCAUAGAAAGUUAUGAGACUGAGGUAAAGGUUAGGAAAAGGGUUAGCGUAAAUUCUCUCUUAUCCUGCUAUGACAAUCACUUUGUAUCGGAGUGUGAAAAGAGUGUGUCCCCUUAACCCCCUCGAGUCGAUUUCCACGGCAAAAUUGUAAUUAGCAUAAUAUCAAAAUCUCCAUCAAAAUCCAUCUGUUAAAGUUAGAUAGAUUUGUUUGGAUGCUUUGGAUGCCUUUCAAUCCACCACAUUCGCAUCUGCGGUGAAAGGUGGCUGAGCUACAGCAGUGUUUGGUGUUUGUCAGACCAUGAGACAUCCCGAAAAUCGGUCUUCUCACAUAAAAACGUCUUUAGCGGUUUGGCCUACACAAAAAUAUGACCCCUUCUUGUUUUGCUCUAGGACGAUUUUCAAGCCUCGCCUGAAGGUACCCCGGUAUAAGUUUUAAAAAAUGAAUGGAAGUAUAUAUGGAAGUAGUUUAGUGCCUAAAAUCUAGGGUUAAAUAGGUGUACAAAAAUAUAUAAAUAGUUUCCUGAUCUUUCUUAUAUCUCUCAGAUAUAUUUCAGAACAAACUUCCUUUUGAUUUUUUGGGGAGUGUUGUCCCAUGCAGUGAAACUGCAGUGAAUCUGUUUCUAUGGGCUAAUAGCAGUAAGGCCAAAUUCAAUGUUUCAUCAAAUAUAUUUUUAAAUAUAUAUUUUGGAUACCUUAAAGAGGUCUUAAAAUUCUAAAUCAAAUAGCAAAAUUACAAUUGGAAUGGCCGUAUUAAAACAACUCCAUAUGCUAGUUUAAUAAUCCUGUUCAUAAAACACAAUUUUCCACCACCAUGCUAGAGUGGCUGAUGCUACUUCCUGAUGUUCAGCCAAUCAAGUUGCAACAGUCGGUUGCGUACCCCUGGCUGAACGCUGUGUACAACACCAGGAAGUAGCAUUAUCCAUUCGAAAAAAAUGUAUUAAGACAAUACAUAUUUUUCCCAUAUUUAUUUUUUUGCUGGCUUGGCAUUAAAGCUAGUUAACAAGGCAACUGACGCCUUUGCAGCCUGAAAAAAAAGGUUUUAUGUACGAGCCAAUGGCCAGGGGACACAAGUGUACAGCCGGCUGAAUUACAUUCCUGUUGGACGCAGAUGACAAACGACGUACAAGGAAUAAUAACACCAUCUGCCAGUCGGUUGGUCCACCUCUGGCCGGGGUAAACGAAGCGGAAAAGGUAUGUAUUUAUUGCUCCAUUUGUUUGUGUUAGGAACUGAUCAUAUUUGGUUUAUAUUCACACUUGGGCUGCCUAGACCUUUUCUAUCCAAAAAAUGAUUAACCGGAAUUAACGAGUAAACACAAUAGCUGACAUAGACUGCGAGUUCAAUGUUUUAUUAGGCCUACAGUUGCAGAGGGCAGGCCUCCACAAUGCAAACUUGCAUAAAGCAAGCUAAGCCCUGUGACCUCUAUUAUCCAAUCAUAUUGCUGUAUCUAUGUCUGUGUAGAGAGAAACCCUGUUAGUCUAGCUUUGAAAUAUAACUCAUAUGAACAGGUUGCUGCAGUUUGACAGGGUUUUUAUCCUCCCCACUGCCAGGUUAUUUUUCUCCUGGUUAUUAUAAACGUGACCUGAUUAGAAAACGCCGCUCUCAUCAUAGCCCAUAUUAAAGCUUUUAUUUUAUUUUUUACAACUGAUGAAUCAUGUCAUACCAUAUAAGGUCCAGAGUUUUACCUCGUUAGGUUACCAGAUCAGGAAAAACUAUGGGACCCAGGAAAAAAAGAAUCGCCCCACCACUCUGGGACCUGUGGUGCCACCUCCGAGGCAUAGUAAUAACUGUGUCUGUUGUGUGAUAUCUGUACGGUGAAUUUUCUUGGGGUUUAUGUGUAGGUGAUGACACAUAAGGCACUGUAAGCUGCUAAAAUAAGGACAGAACCCUAAUAUCUUGGUCUCAUUAGCCUGAUUCUCAAAUCCUCUGAAGUGUUGUUGUUUCAGUUUUGAGUGUCCUCUCAAUAUAUUCUUAAUCGAGAGGAAACAUAACCAUUUUAAGAGCUCAUUUGGUUCAAACUUAAAGGGAAAAUAUGUUUAAAUAUAUAUUUGAAGUGAUUUUCAUGUAGCUCAUUGUCAAGUCAUAUACUUCAAGUUCCACAAUAAAAAGUUAGUGUAUGUCAAUUGAGUUGGUUGCUCUAGUAAUGUAUGUACUGUUUACUUGGCAAGUAUGGGUGGCCAAACUCUUAUUGAAUUCCCCCCAAAAAUGUAACAUGGCAUGUCUUGUUUUGAUUUAACAGUGUUUUGUCUUCUUGGUGUAUAGGAUAUUUGUGUUUUAUUUCAGCAGUAAAUGUGAGAGGGAGAGCCCUAUACAUAAACCAGCAGGUGGCAUCAGGUCCUGGUAUAUGCAUUUCCCAUUAACUACUAUGGAUGAACCAUAUGUGGAAUACAGCAUUUUGCAUUGUACAAAAUAGCGUCAACAAUAAACAGAACAAUUUGUGCAUGUUUUUUUCGUAUGCUGAACACAACAAAUCAAUCAAAGAAACAACGAUAAUUUACAGUUUUUAAUCGAAAUACAGGUAAAUACAUUGAGGACUUCAGUUAACAACAGUACAAAAGCUCAAUGAUUACUUCUUUGUACAAAGAGGUAUCAGUUACACAAAAACAGUACACUGGAUAUAUAUUGUAAAAAAUGAGACACAAACUCUUCAA